AGUCAAUUUGCCCUCCAACUGUUUGCUUAAUUGUUACAAUCAACUAUACUUUUCUUUCUCUUUCUUUCUUUAUUACCGUAUUUUCUCCUGAACUUGAGAUCAAUCAUGGCUGCAAAACUUGAGGGGGGAGCUUUUCUCUCUUCCUUUGUUAAUGUUGUCUUAAAUAAGUUGUCUUCAAUACUUGAAGAUAACUCAAUCCCGGAAAGAGAGUUGUUUCGAAGGUUGCAGAAAAGUCUCCUUGCUGUUCGACCCGUGCUUGAUGAUGCUGAUCACAAACAGUUCAAAGACCAAGAAGUUAAUAAGUGGCUUGUUAAUCUCCAAGAUGCUCUUUAUAUGGCUGAUGAUUUGGUGGACGAACUCAACACAAAAUCUGCCAUUGCUACUCAAAGGGAUCCAGGUAACUCUUCCUGGCCUCGUUGUGUUGUUGAUUGGUAUUUGGAAGAUAUUGACAUGGAACACAUAGUUUCUAGACUAGAGUCUAUUGUAGAACUGAGAGUUCAUCUUCAUUUAGAAGAGAUUCCUAUGGAGGACAUGUCAUGGAGAGCUGAAUCCACAUCUCUGGCUGAGGGUGAUGUAUAUGGCAGGGACACAGAGAAGGAGGAGAUAAUAGAGAUGUUGCUAGAUGGUACUGGUAACUUGUCUGUGAUCUCUAUAGAAGGUAUGGGUGGAGUUGGAAAAACCACUUUGGCUCAGUUGAUUUACAAUGAUGAAAAAGUGGUUGAGAAAUUUGAUAUUAGAGUAUGGGUGUGUGUUGCUACAAAGUUUGAUCCUGUUAAUGUUACAAAGGCUAUAAUAGAGGAAAUAACUUCUUCUUCUUGUCGCAUGGUUAGUUUGAAUUCACUUCAAACUGAAUUGAAGAAAAAGUUGAUGGGAAAUACAUUCUUGGUUGUUUUAGAUGAUGUUUGGAACAAUCAACAAACUUUGUGGGAUAGUUUUGUAAAGCUUUUUCUGUGUGGGAAUAAAGGAAGUAAAAUUCUUUUAACAACCCGUAAUGAAAAUGUUGAUUCUGUGGUGUCAACUACCAAUUUACAUUACAAACUAGAUAUAUUGUCUAUAGAAGAUUGUUGGUCAAUGUUUCUGAAACAUUCAUCUCUUUCUACUAAAUGUAGUCAAUAUAGAACUCUAGAAUCAAUUGGUAGAAAAAUUGUCAAAAAGUGCAAGGGUUUACCUUUGGCUGUGAAAACUCUUGGAGGUUUAUUACGCAAUAAGUAUAAAGAGGAUUGGAAUAUGAUAUUGGAAAGUGAAAUUUGGGAACUUUCGGAAGAUGAUAGUAAGAUUGUUCCAGCAUUAAGAGUUAGUUAUCAUUACCUUCCUUCAGAUUUAAAGCAGUGAGGAUUAUCAAUUUGAUAAAGAGGAA